AAUAACAGUGUGCAUGCUUGUGCUCUCCACUCUAUGGAUGCUGAUGUACUAUGCGAGAGAGAGAGACGGAGAGAGAGAGAGCGAUUGUUCGGAAUCAGUUCUCGCAGUGUGCUCGACAUAUUUUCUGGUGGAUCGUUGUUCGUAUGUCUUUUUCUUUUUUCUUAUCCUGUUAUUCUUACAGCUCGAUACGUGGGUGAAUGAGGGAUCUGGGUGGGUGAUAGAUGGAGUUAUCAGGAUGUUUGUCGACUUGGCUAAAUACAGCCCACUUCGAGGUAGUUCCUACUUCCCUCUACCACGCUAUCUCCAGUUGAAGAAGGCCAUUGUAAACGUGAGAAAUGAUGAUGAGCAGUGUCUAAAGUGGGCCCUACUUUCAGCGCUGCAUCCAGUAGAGCUACAUACUGAGCGUGUCAGCCAGUAUGCUCCCUAUGCGCAAGAUCUCGACUUUACAGGUGUGGAUUUCCCUGCAAAAUUGUCAGAUAUCAAGAAGGUAGAGAAGAUGAAUGGGCUGCUCAUCAAUGUGUUCGGGGUGGACGAUGAUGAAAAGGUGUAUCCUCUGCAACUAAGCAAAAGCCCGGAACUAGCUGUGAACCUGAUGUUGAUAAGUAGUGGCACGAAAAGACAUUGGGUAUGGAUCAAGAACUUCAACAGCCUGUGUUCUGAUCGCACCAAGUAUAACAGUCAAACACACUACUGUAUGCGCUGCCUAUCGGGCCAUGGUUCUGAGGAAAUGCUGGCCAAGCAUCUCAAUUAUUGCUCGAAUCAUCACAUUGCAAGGACGAUAUUGCCAGAGAAAGGCGAACACGUUUGCUUCAAGAAUUAUCACAAGCAACUGAAAUGCCCCUAUGUCAUCUAUGCAGAUUGUGAGUCGUUGAUUACUCCGAUCAUACCUCACACCCAGCAUGGUGCAAAGACGGUGCGUGAAAGCGAACAUCAUCCGUGUUCAAUCAGUUAUGUCAUUGUCAGAUCUGAUGGACUUCAAACGAAACGCUUCUUCUACAGAGGCGUUGAUGCAAUUGAACGAUUUCUCCUCGAGCUAGAAAGUGAUGAGGAAACUAUCAGAGAUGACUUAUCCACUCCUCUACCUAUGACUAUGACUGAAGCGCAGAGACAACAGUUCCAAGAAGCUGCUAAUUGCUGGAUUUGCGAUGAGCCUCUCCUGGCCGAUCGUGUGGCCGAUCAUGAUCAUAUCACGGGUGAAUUUCGUGGAGCUGCUCAUAAUAGAUGCAACUUGAGACUUAGAAUUUGCCCUCAAACGAUUAGAAUCCCAGUCAUCUUUCACAACCUCAAGGGUUAUGAUGCUCACCACAUCAUAUCAACUCUCGGAAAGACUACGACGGACAUUGUAACGUAUCCGGACAGUAAAGGACGCAUUCGUACGAGACACCUCGGCAAGAUUGAUGUAAUUCCAUCCAACACGGAGAAGUAUAUUGCAUUUACGUGGCGUCAGUUCACAUUCCUUGAUAGUCUAGCAUUUCUGAAUGCAUCAUUGGACAAACUCGUACAGUCCACUCCGACGGAUGCAUUUCAUCAUACAGAGGCCUACUUUACUCAAGCUGAGCAGCGCGCCCUGGUGAUGAGAAAAGGAGUGUACCCAUAUGAACAUGUCACAUCAUUCGACACUUUCGAAGAGCUAUCCUUACCACCGAAAGAAGCAUUUCACUCGACUCUUUCUGGAAAGGGAGUCAGCGAUGAUGAGUAUGCACAUGCCAGGAGUGUGUGGGAUGUUUUCAACUGCAACAACUUUGGAGAUUAUCAUGAUCUGUACUUGACAACAGAUGUACUUCUGCUCUGCGAUGUUUUCGAACAUUUCAGGGAUAUGGCUCUUGAGACAUACGGGUUGGACCCCGUACAUUAUUUCACGCUCCCUGGGUUUGCAUGGGAUGCCUUGCUGAAGACAACAAAAACGUCGUUGGAGCUACUAACAGACGUGGAUAUGCAUAACUUUGUCGAAAGUGGAAUGCGAGGAGGAAUCAGCAUGGUCAGUCACCGUCAUGUCAGGGCGAACAACCCUGAAGUGAAAGAAUACGAUGAUUCGAAACCAACGACAUACAUCCAGUAUUUAGAUGCUAAUAAUCUCUAUGGCUGGGCCAUGUCCCAGCACUUGCCCGUGUCCGACUUCCAGUGGGAAGAGCCCACAGAGGAACUCCUGGACACUAUCCUGAAGUCACCGAUAGAUUCACCUCGCGGCUACUUCCUGCAAGUUGAUCUAGUCGUGCCAGAGGAGGUUCAUGACUAUCUGAACGAUUAUCCACCAGCACCAGAGCGAAUGAUUGUGACGGAAGACAUGAUGUCGCCAUAUCAGCGGACAUUGAUUGAGAAGUUGAAGGUGACGGGGUUGAACGUGCCAAAGCUCGUACCAAACUUAUGCAACAAAGCCAGCUAUGUACUACAUUAUAGAAACCUCCAGCUGUAUAUCGAGCUUGGUCUGAAGGUGACUAGUGUGAGUCAAGUGCUAUCGUUCCAACAAGAGCCUUGGAUGGAGCCUUACAUCCGCAAGAAUACGGAGCUUAGAAAACAGGCGUCAAGUGAUUUCGAGAAAGACUUGUAUAAGUUGCUAAAUAAUGCAGUAUUCGGGAAGACUAUGGAGAACGUUAGGAAACGUGUCAAUUUGAAUCUGAUGAGAGCCGAAGACGAGAAACACCGGCUCUUGAAAGCUGUCGCUAAGCCUAGUUUCGACCGUGUCGUUAUCUACGACAAUGAUCUUCUGGGGGUGUGUAGCCACCGAGUGAGCGUCCGGUUGGAUAAGCCGGUUUACGUUGGCAUGAGUGUUCUAGACCUAUCUAAGUGUCUCAUGUUUUCAUUCUACUACCAUGUACUGAAGAAGAGGUAUGGUGAGGAUAUUCGUCUGCUCUACACUGAUACUGAUAGUGUGAUCAUUGAGAUUCAGACCCAGAGCAUGCAGGACGAUAUGAUGACAGACCUACAUCACUACGACACCUCGAACUUCAAGGCUGAUCACCCACUCCACACAGAAAAAAAUAAGAAAGUGCUGGGAAAAUUCAAGGAUGAGAUGGGCGGGAAACUUCUCACGGAAUUUGUCGGAUUGCGUUCGAAAAUGUAUGCCUACGACGGCGAAGAAAGCGGCAAACGUGCAAAAGGAGUGAAGACGAAUGUGUUGCGAGAUACGGUGACGAUUGAAGACUACAGAAGGUGCCUGACGGAGGGGGCAUCGAUAUCAAGAGCAAUGCCAAGUCUUCGAAGUGACCAUCACCACAUUUAUGGUCAGACUAUGAAGAAAACGGCACUGUCUCCUUUUGAUUCUAAAAGGUACAUUGCUGAUGAUGGGAUCACAACUUUAGCCUACGGCCAUCGGCUAAUCCCUAAGUGACUUGGUAAAUUCAGUUGCUUGAGAGUGCGCGCACGCGCGCGUGUGUAUGUGUGUGUGUGUGUGUGUGUGUGUGUGUGUCUCAUUUAUUUAAUAGGUGAUGUAUGGGAUAUUCAGUUGCUUGAGAGUGCGCGCACGCGCGUGUGUGUAUGUGUGUGUGUGUGUGUGUGUGUGUGUGUGUGUGUGUGUGUCUCAUUUAUUUAAUAGGUGAUGUAUGGGAUAUUCAGUUGCUUGAGAGUGCGCGCACGCGCGCGUGUGUAUGUGUGUGUGUGUGUGUGUGUGUGUAUGUGUAUGUGUGUGUGUGUAUGUGUAUGUGUGUCUGCCUCAUUUAUUUGAUAGAUGAUAUAUGGUAUAUUCAGUUGCUUCAGAGUGCGCGCAUGCGCGCGUGUGUAUGUGUGGGUUACUUUUUUUUGUAGCCAAUUCAUUCUGCCUCUUUUAUUCCCUACAUUAUAGUUAACGAGUGUUCUGAGGAUGUACAUGUAUGUAUACGUCCUAGUAUAACUAGUCAAUUUGAGCCUUCCCUCUUA